AUGCCCCACCUAAACGAUUAUGAUCAAUAUCCCUCCUUUGAAGAAUUUGAAAUCAUUAUUCAAGAUUACUUGAAAAAUCUAUCAUCCAAGAAAAGAGAUAAAGCCCUUAUUGAUCGAAAUCGCUAUGUUAUGAUUUUACAAGUAUUAAAGGAUCCAAGAAAUACUGCCAUAUCUACAGCACAAUUUCGAUUUUGGGUAAAAAAGAUGUUUCAAUUACAUGCCAAGCAAGUUGUUUGCCAUGAUGGUAAGCCAGUGGCCACACGAGAAGAGAUUUAUGGAAUAUUGGUACAUGCACAUCGCGAAGCUCAUCAUGGAGGAAGAGAUAAGACUUCUGCUUUGGUUCGAAGAAGGUACUCAUGGAUACCCAAGGAGCUGAUCGCACGAUUUGUUCGCCAUUGCCCUUUCUGUAUAGCUCGAAGAAAU